AUGCAUUCCAAUGAAGGUGCUGAUUCUGACGAGACAACAAAUUCAACAGUACGUCCAAUUAAAUCAGCUACAUUUUCAAUAAUAGGAAACGGUGAUAAUGAUCGAAUUAUGUAUGGGGAACGUAAACAAAGUCUACUUGAUGAAAAAGCAUUACGUGAAGAUGAUACAACAUUAAUACGUGAUCAACGUAUUCAAACAAUAAGUCGAAGCUAUGAAGUUAUUUUAGAGAGUAUUGGAGAAGAUCCGUUAAGAGAAGGACUUCUUAAAACACCAAAACGUGCUGCUGAAGCAUUGGUUUUUUUUACAAAAGGUUAUGAACAAUCUAUUCGAGAUGUUGUUAGUGAUGCUAUAUUUGACGAAGAAUGUGAAAAUAUGGUUGUCGUGAAAGAAAUUGACAUUUAUUCAUUAUGUGAACAUCAUAUGGUGCCUUUUUUCGGCAAAGUAUCUGUUGGUUAUUUACCUAAUAAACGAGUACUUGGCUUAAGUAAAAUAGCAAGAAUUGUCGAAGUAUUUAGUCGACGUUUACAAGUACAAGAACGUUUAACACGACAAAUCGCAGAAGCUAUUGCUGAAGCUAUUCAACCAAGAGGUGUAGCUGUUAUCGUUGAAUGCAUUCAUAUGUGUAUGGUUAUGCGAGGUGCUGAGAAAGUGAAUUCACGUACAACAACAUCAGCAAUGCUUGGUGUUUUUCGUGAAGAUCCAAAAUCACGCGAAGAAUUUUUAUCAAUUGGUCGUAUCGCUCCAUUUUAA